AUGGCUUAUCGUGAAAGAAUACUUCUAGUACCGAAAGUGUUUGUUUCGUGGAUUGCCGGAUUCAUGAUGGGCUCCGAUAGCCCAAAUGAAGCAAAUAUGGUAUACAGAAAGGCAGAUCUUGAAGAUGCAGAAAAUGAAGAUGUUUGGGAUGAUAGUGCGCUGAUUAAAAUGUAUGAUGAAAUGAUCAACCGAACUUAUGAUUCUCUUGGUGCACAGUGUACUUCGACAACGAAAAAAAAGAAAAAAUCUCGCAGGACUUCCAAAAUGAAGUGGCACGUGGGUGAUCAUUGUAUGGCACCUUAUUAUAAUGAUCAACUAUGGUAUCCAGCGGUUGUUAAAAAACUUGAUUUGGAUGACGGCAAAUGUGACGUCCUUUAUGAUGUUUACAAUGAAUUAGCACGUGUUAGUAUUGCGGAUCUUACAAAGAUGUUACGUAAGAGGCCAUCAGUGCCACGUAUGAGACGGCAACACAGCUGGCUUAGUUUUUCACGUUUUGCCAUACGUCCAAGAAAUUACGAUAAUGGGCAACAACAGCAACAGCCGCAACAAUGUCGUAAGCGUAAAACUAAAAAAUAUUACCCGGACUGGACAAAUAUUAUGCAAAUGGAGCGUGGAGGCAAGAGACGGAAAAAGGAUCAGCAGACAUUUGCCAUACUUUCGAAUAAUGCUGCCUUUCAAAGAAACGUUGCGUUUGAUUUACCACGAAAUAUCUACCUGAUGCGUAUACUGGAUAAUCUCAGACAUCAGAAGCCGGUGGAGAAUGACGAAGAGGGUACAUCGGAAGGAAACACCACCCAAGAAACGUUCGACACGGAAGAAAAAGUGUCACAAAUGAAUCAUACGCCGACAGCGACGAAACACCUCAAUUAUGCGCAAUCAUCAUCGACCUCCAUUCCAUCGCUGGUCCCACCCCCACCGAUAGCCUUUACCAAUUUACCACCACCGGAUGAUGACGAAGCAUUGGCAAGUAUGCUGAUGUCAUGGUACAUGACCGGAUACCAUACUGGUUACUAUCAGGCCAUUCAAGAUAAAAACAAGAAAAGAGGGAAGAAAGUUUAG